AUGAAGAAGGAUGUUGGAAAUGGCAUUAAAUCAUUUGGUUAUUUCUCUGUUAGAAUAUACUUCUACGGUGUAUUGCAUGUUAAUGUCGUUGCUCUUAUACCUUCUUUUUAUUCUUUUUCCUCUCAUGCUGCCUCUCAGCACUGGAAAGCCCUAUUUGAUCAGAAAGGUAGCUGUUCCUGCAGGCAGGCACUAAAGCAAGAGGAAAGCAGCUGGAAUGGAGCAGAAGUCAGAAAGCAGGCUGAAAUUUUUGAUCCUGACAACACUGGCUACAUCAGCACUGAGAAGUUUCGCUCCCUUCUCCAGAGACACGGCUCGGAGCUGGACCCCCACAAGCUGGAGGUGCUGCUAGCCCUGGCAGACAGCAACUCUGAGGGGAGGAUCUGCUACCAGGACUUCGUCAACCUGAUGAGCAACAAGAGGUCCAACAGUUUCCGGCAGGCCAUCCUGCAGGGGAACAGGCGGCUGUGCAGCAAGGCCCUGCUGGAGGAGACGGGGCUGAGCCUGUCGCAGCGGCUGAUCCGGCACGUGGCCUACGAGACGCUGCCGCGCGAGAUCGACCGCAAGUGGUACUACGACAGCUACACCUGCUGCCCCCCGCCCUGGUUCAUGAUCACCAUCACUCUUGUGGAGGUUGCCUUUUUUCUUUACAAUGGAGUGGUCUUAGACAGAUUUGUGCUGCAAGUCAGCCACCCCUUGUACCUGAAGAAUGCAUUACUGUACCAUCCCCAGCUUCGGGCCCAGGCUUGGAGGUACCUAACCUACAUAUUCAUGCAUGCAGGGAUAGAGCACCUUGGGCUCAAUGUUGUGCUUCAACUCUUGGUUGGGGUUCCUCUGGAAAUGGUGCACGGAGCUGCGAGGAUCAGUUUUGUGUACGUUGCAGGAGUUGUGGCAGGGUCCCUGGCAGUGUCAGUGGCUGACAUGAGGGCGCCGGUGGUGGGCUCCUCUGGAGGUGUGUAUGCUCUUGUCUCUGCUCACCUGGCCAAUAUUGUGAUGAAUUGGUCAGGAAUGAAGUGCCAAUUCAAACUGCUGCGCAUGGCUGUUGCCUUGAUCUGUAUGAGUUUUGAAUUUGGAAGAGCAGUGUGGCUGCGGUUCCACCCCUCCGCUUACCCCCCGUGCCCCCACCCCAGCUUCAUGGCUCACCUGGGAGGGGUGAUGGUUGGAAUUACCCUUGGUGUCAUCAUCCUGAGGAACUAUGAGCAGAGACUCCAAGAUCAGACUUUAUGGUGGAUCUUCCUUUCUAUUUAUGUCAUUUUUGUCUUGUUUGCCAUCUUCUGGAAUAUUUUUGCCUACAGUCUAUUGGAUCUAAAGCUACCUCCCCCUCCUUGA